AAGAAGCAGAGCAGCUUGGAGCCCAGCUAGUCUCGCUGGAGGGGAGCAUUUUCAGAAAGUGGGAGAUGGCUGGCCUUGAAGGUGUUGACAAUGGUGGUCAUGAGAACCUAACCAUGGUGGAGUCACGAGAAUGGGUUAUGGUAGCCUACGCCGCCAAAGGCAUUCCAACGUCUGAUCACCUCAAACUUCGCACCACAAAACUAUCACUCGACGCUGACUCAAUCCCCAAGGACCAUGUGGCUGUCGAGCUCCUCUGGGUUUCCGUCGACCCGUAUCUCCGAGGAAGAAUGAGCGGUCAAGACGAAGGGCUCUACUUUUCCCAAUUUGCCCUUGAUGAGGUGAUAACGACAUGUGGAAUCGGAAGGGUAAUUCGGUCAAAAAGCAGUAAAUUUUCCAAGGGUGACCUCGUUAGUACCUCUUUUUUCCCCUUCUCGGAGUACUUCAUCAUAGAGGCUACUUCUUUGCAAGUGGUUGAUCAAACGGCUGGGAUUGAAAUUUCGACUUAUCUCAGUGCUCUAGGGGUUCCUGGAUUUGCUGCAUGGGUGGCAAUUGAAGUGAUUGGCAACCCUAAGUCGGGAUCCAACGUGUUCAUCUCCGCAGCAGCCGGUGGUGUUGGAAUGUUCGCCGGACAACUAGCUAAAUUCAAAGGUUGUAGAGUUGUGGGUAGUACCGGAACUGAUGAAAAGGUGAAACUAUUGAAAGAGGAGUUUGGAUAUGAUGAGGCAUUCAACUACAACAAAGAGGCAGAUUUUGAUGCUGCUUUAAGCAAGUAUUUCCCUAAUGGUAUCGACCUCUACCUCGACAAUGUUGGUGGUAAAAUGCUUGAGGCAGUCCUCAACCAUGUUAAUGCCCGUGCCCGCAUAGCAGUCUCUGGAAUGAUAUCUCAAUAUAAUCAGGUUUGGACAGAAAGAGAAGGGGUCAGGAAUCUACUGAAUAUUGUGGGAAAGGAAGUGAGAAUUGAAGGGUAUUUGAUGGGUUCUCAUAUGGAUCGGUUUGACGAUUUUACAAAGGCGAUGGUGACCUACACAAAAGAAGGGAAGCUAAGAUCCAAACACAAAAUCUACUAUGGAAUUGAGAGCUUCAUUGAGAGCUUGGGAUCCAUAUUCUCUAGCUCUAACAUUGGAAAAGUAGUCAUACAAGUUAAGCCAUAAUUUUAUCCUUACCAACACUAUUCUUUCGGGAUCAAGGACUAUAUUUUAGGAUUCUAUGUUUGCAUUGAAUACACUAUAUAUAUAUCUCUGGAUUUCUAAGCCUUGGUGCUUCAUAUGAAAUAA